UUUCAAGAUAAGGUCUUAGCAACAAGACCGGUUUGUUAUUCUUUCUCUUACAUACAAAUAGUUUUUUUUUGUUCUCUUGGUUGUUGUGUAAGACCCUUGCCCAACACUGCCGUAUAUAAAAGACCAAAAGCUGCAGCUCCAACAGAGAAGCCGCAGUUCUCAGAACACGAUCGUGUACUCUCAGGCAACGUGGUCAACUAUAUACACGUGAGUCAGAUCUUAGGUAGAUAUUUACACAAAAAUCAACUGGGUAUCAAAUUAUAAAUUAUAUUACUGUUUAAAUGUGUAACGAUCGUAUUUCAUUAUAAUAAAACAAAUUCUCUUCAAUCACAGUUACGAUGUCUUCUUGCUUUUGAAUUAUUUUAUGUUUGUAUUAACAGGUCUGAUUGGCAAGAAUGGGAAAGUCUUUUAUAGGUAAAAUCUUUUGCAACGUUUAAUAGUGUACUUUAAAAAUUUACAAUUUCAUGUGCAGCGUCAUUAAAAAGGAAAUACGAUAUCAUUUAGAAUGAUUAUCAAUACUUCUUUGCAUUGGCAACCGAACGUCGUUGCGAACGACUUAAUAAUUAUUAUUAUUUUUUUUUUAAAAUAAUGUAAGGCCAAUCCAAAUGGCUUCCCUGGUCACUUAUAACGAGAGUCAACUCUUCAAGGGAGGCAUGUCUAUAUAUCUAAUAAAUAAAAUAUUUACCUAAAACACGGUGUGCUCAACCAUGUAUUUAUUAUAAAUACUCAUAAACAUCAGAUGAAAAGACAUCGUCUGUUGCCGCCACACCAACGGUAUAGAUUUAAAUCAAAAUACAGAUCUUCAGUAUGUUACAUACAGUGCAUUUUUUGCGAUAAUUUUUUUACGGCAUUGCCACUUUAAAACGAUGACGUUAGGGUUUGGGAGCCGCAAGUCGAGGACGCCCAUCAAAGUCCUGCCGAAUGAAUAGUCGGAGGGGUUACGGGAUGGGAUUGAUUCCCCCCCCCCCCCCCCCUAAAAAAUAAAUUUAUAAUGCAACGAUGCAUUUUAGCACAUACCUAAAAAUAGUGUUUUAAAAUUGCACUCUUAACCGGAGAACAUCAGCAGAACUGCUAGGGGCAAUUAUGGCUUACUGUGUUCACAUAAAUCUUUAUAAAUCUUUUAAUUGACUAAAUAAUAAUAUUUUAAAACCUUUGUAAUGUAAUAUUUGAGACUACUAAUGUGCAUUAAUUGUUGAGAUCAGAUAAACCUUAAUGGUGUUUACCAGUUUCAAAUCUCAUGGGCGAUUAAUUAAACAAUUUAAAAUAUUCUAUUACCUACAAUUUUUAAAUUAUUUUUUAAGAAAGGAAAAUUAUAUUUCUACUACUAGCUGCCGAUGAAUAAAGCUAAAGUAAACUUUUUUAAUCUCUGCAAUUGUUGGUCUCAUUCCCUUACAAUGGAUAUAAAUGAUCACAAUGGCACAUCAAAAAUUUCCAUUUUGCUACAUAUUUCCUUCCUUAAUACCCCAGUGAAAGAAAUAUUAAAAUGUAAUUAAUUUAGAUUUUUUUCAUUAUUGUGAACCUUGUGAACUCAAUCAAAUACUCUCUAACUAGUAAUCAUUAAUUUCUACUUAUUUCUGUUAUUAUUUUUUCAAUAUUAAUUUUUUUUACAAUUCUAAAGCCUCACAUAAUCAAUAGCUAGGUUGUGUUACAAUGUGUAAUCUCUUGGGUAUUAAGGUGUGGUUUUUAGUUAACUUAAAUUCCUUCUCUAACAUAUUAUGAGCGCUUUCGACACCAUACAUCUUUGAUUUCAAUUUCUUAUCGUUUGUCAUUUCUUGUUAUGUUUUGAAGACGGCAUCUAGUGUAAAAGUUCAUUCGAUUGUCAUUGAAAAUAACCAUAUGAAUACUAAUUAUACAACAUUUCUUACAUCUUAUAUAUGCUAUGUGAACAAUUUAUGAAAUUUUUGAUACAAAUAUUUUACAGUGCUCUUUGCCAUUGUUGCUGCUGUCAGUAAGUUUACAAAUUUUAACCUUUUCAAUAAUAUAGUACCUGAUUUCAAUAACGUGUCACAACAAUGUAAAUAAAUUAUAAUCCUCUACAUCUUAGCAGUUGACUGAUAUGGAAUUAAAAAUCUUCAACUUCAAAUUAACUGAUAACCCAAUGAGUUUGCAUACACUGUAACCUGUUCGUAAAAGGCUGAAAAUAUAAUAUAUCACUUAAAUUACUUUUCCCUAAAGUAAUAGUUGUAAACAUUUUUUAUUCAUAGUUACGGUAACUUUGUCCUCGGGGCCUGACACAAGUGGUAAGUUAAAAAAAAUUCAUUAAUUUAUAUAAUUUUUUAUAAAUAAUUUAAUAUGAAAGAUCUUUAAAUUUAUUUAACGGCAAUGAGGCCUGACGCUAAAUUAAAUCUCAAACUGGCAAAUAUGCUUUAAAUGGCGAUGUUAUUAAAAUCCUAAUACGAUGAUAUCCAUGAAGAUGAAAAUAUAAUUUGAAGAACAAGGUAAUCUUAACUUUAUGCUGCUUUUGAUUGUGAAAGAGUUAACAAAAGUUUGUUUAACUGGUCGACGCAAAUGUUAUUAUAGGAAACUUACCUAACAGUUAUUCACUUAAAGCUAUCGCCGUGGACCUUGAUAGAGACGUAAGGUUAAAAUAUAGACCUUUAGUGAAACAACUGCACUUAGUGGGUGUGUAUGACAAGAGACCUAACACAUAUAUGUAACCCCGUGAAGCACUGGUCCCAAAAGUACUACUGAGCUUUCACAAUAUAAGAAUUUUUAAUCCAAAGAUCAUUGAGAGAUUCUUUAUUCCUUUAGGUUGGUCCCAUUUGUAACAGCUGACUAUUGUUAACAAUCGUAUAUUGAAAUAUAUAUUUAUUUUUAAUCGCAAGUAAUAAUUAUCUAGGCAUGUAUUUAUGGCCGUUACACUGUGUUCAAUAGGCGCGAAAACUAAAAUUUCCAGUAGGUUGCACUUAUUGGGAUAUCUUUAUAAACUGCGUUCCUUAAAUAUAUGUUUUGUCAAGUAAAUUGAUGCCAAUAGAAAUGCCAAGCAUUGCGGCUGCAAUUAUUUGGCUGACUAUUUAUAUUACAUUUACCGUCAUCAUUCAGUGUAAUUGUUGGACAAGUUAAUCCUUUAUGUGUGAUCUAAAAACUGACAAUUUAAUUAUCAGUUCCCCAGAAUAAUUUAAUUUAUGUAAUGUACUAGAUAGUUGAUUGGCGUAUAGUUUAGAGUGAAAAGAUAUCUUGGCAGUGGUCAGGCAUAUUCAAAUUGUGUCUUUUCGUUAGGAAAGAAACUUUUAUAAUUUUUUUUAAUAAGUAAUUAGAAAUGACCCGCCAAACAAUGCCGAUCCAAUUGUGUAAAGAAUUCCAGUUAAUGCUAACUUCUUGGGGUAUCAUAGAAUUAAAUGGAUUUCUAAUUUAUAACAUUAAUACUGACAUAUUGCAGACUGUUUAUAUUUACCUACAGGACUAUGAAUUUUUAUACAAUCCUUUAUACUUGGUUUUUGUGUGUUGAGGGCAACAUCUUCGAACGGGUAACUGACCAACUUACCGUCAAACCAUCAAGUUGAAACACACAACCUCCAAAAAAAAAACAAAAAAAAAAAACUAAUAACCAUGAUCAAUUUCUACUGCUUUUCAAGGGGAAGGUAAAGGAAAUAGGAUGACGCCGAUUUCACGAAAACUGCGCUAAAUUAGAUUCUUUUUUAAAAAAAAAACAACAACAACAACACUAUCGCAAGUGCUUUAGGUGCGUAAUGUUUUCUUUUGUUUUUCUUACAUAUUUGGUGAAAUAAAUCUACGGUGUAAAAGCGGGUGGGUCAUUACGGUAGAAUAUUAAUAUAUUUCAGGGUGGGAAAAAAAUUAGCGGUUCCGAGGUUUGGGGGAGUAAUAAUUGGGAUUCUUAUAAAGUGCGUUACCAGUAUGCAUGUUUUGUAAAAUUUUCAGUCCCAACCCCCCACACCCCCGCCCCGCCCCCCCCCCCAAUGGAUUCAGACGAAAAAACUUUGUUUUUAGGGGUUGUUUAAUUAUUUUGCCAAAUAUUAAUAUAAUCGAUGUUCAAUACAGGGUGGAAAAAAAAUGAGCGGGUCCGAGGUGUGGGGGAGUAAUUAUGGGGAUUCUUAUAAAGUGCGUUACCAGGAUGCAUGUUUUGUAAAAUUUUCAGUCCCAACCCCCCACCCCCCCGCCCCGCCCCCCCCCCCAAUGGAUUCAGACGAAAAAACUUUGUUUUUAGGGGUUGUUUAAUUAUUUUGCCAAAUAUUAAUAUAAUCGAUGUUCAAUAACAAAAUAAAAUUUAAAAAAUCUCCCAAUCAGUUUUUUUUUUUAAGAAUCCCGUUUAAAAGUAUGAAUUUUAUCUUUCGCGGCUUUGAAAACAAAUUUACAGAUUGUGCAUUUCACUAUAUGAUAUAUUAUUUUUUGUCCAACAGAACAGCGCGUUAAAGCCAUACAUACAUUUUUUUUAUAAAACAAGUUUGAGAAGUAUCCUAGGACAGAAAUAGAAAUGGUGAAAUUAUUCAUUUCUUUUCAGCAACAAUAGCUCCAGCUCUCAUAGACUCUUUGUAGACGUUUUUUUUUUUAAAUCGGGUCAAGAACCACACAAAAAUUAUUUUAAUUUCAAUAACACAUAGUUUCUGACAUAAAAAUAACUGAAAAGUGAAAAGUAUGAUAAAAAACAUGCAGAAAAUAUUAAAGAAGCAUUUUGUACAAUCGGAGUACGUGUUUUUCCUCUAGUAUUCGUGAUUAGUAUAUGUGCCGAAAUUUCAUCUGAUGAAGAAUUCGUCAAAGUAUAUUUGUCUCCCUACUAAGUAAUAUUUCGGAAGUGGGAUUGAUAACAACACAUUGUGAUAAAACUAAUCAAUCUCUGUAACUGUCCAAAUUUGACACCAAAUGGUCGUGUCUAUUUACUUAAACAAAAAUACAAGGUAAAUUGGUAAAAUGACAAUUUCAAAGUUAAUCCCAAGUCAAUUUGGAUGGUUAACAGCGAUGUUUAGGUCCCAAUAAGUUCGGUAGGAUUUUUAAAAAAAAAUUAGUUAAGACGUUUUUAGCUUACUGAUGGUCAAAGUGACACUUAAAAAAAUGGGUUGGUAGGUUCACGUCCAUGAGUAAAUUGUAUUAGAGUCCAUCAAAAAUAAAAUUUUAAAAAUUCAGUCAUUUUUCCCAGUGCCCAGAAAAUAUGCGAAAACGUGUUUGGAAAUAUCAAAAUCUUUCGAUUUCGGCAUCACUUUCAACCGAAAAGUCUCGUAAAGCUUUUACUGUCCGUUUCGGCCGAAAAUUAUAUUUAACUUUCGGAGUGAUUAUGGUUUCGGACGAAAUCAGAACAGGACUUUCGGUCAAUCUUUGCUAGGCACUGUAAAAUCCAGUACGAAAAAUCUUUGUACGAAUGAUGCUAACAGAUUUUAAAAUUAAAUUCUUCCAAAGGUGCAAACGGAGGUUCCCAAACGAAUGCAACGGGUAAUACUCUUCAUAUUUUUUUUUUAAAAAUAUUGUUAUAGAAAAAUAAAUUUCAAAUUUCAUUGAAAAUAACUGAUAAUGUUAAGUAGAGUUCCUUUUAUUUGCCAAGACAGGAUUUCUAGUCUAAAAAUUGGUGAUGAAAAGAAUACUGGUAACCGUGAAAUCUGAUUUAGUAUAAAAUUAAAAUUAACUCUAUAAUUGGUUUUGUUAUUUAAAUUAAAAGGCUCAUUUGGUAACAUGAAUUUGGCCCAAUAAUUUUUUUUUCGAUUAAAAAAAAGGUAGUUAAGAUAUUUUUAGCUCACCGAUGGAAGGUUGACACUGAAAACAAAACAACAAAAAGCAAAAUAUCAACAAAAUGUGAGGCAUAUUCUCUUGCAAGUGUAAGUGAUAUGAGAGUAACUUCAUGCAAAAGAAAUAAUUUUUCUCCCAUCGUUCGCCGUACCCAGAACAUAUGCGAAACGUGAUUUGAAAAAUUUCAAUCUUUCGUUUUCGGUUUCGGUUUCAGCCUAAAGUCUCAUUACAUUUUUGGUUUCGGCUUAGGUGUCGGCCGAAAGCCUCGUAAAUUUUUAUCUUCUGUUCGGACAAAAGUCAUGUCUAACUUUCAUAAUGAGUUCGGAUUCUGCGGAAUUCAGAAAAUCACUUGCGGAUGGUCUCUACUGGGCACUGUAAAAUCCAGUUUAGUAUAUAAUCUUUAAAGAAAAUUCAGUUUUAUGAUAGAUUUUGUUAUCUAAACUAAAAGGCUCUUAGGUACCAAGAAAGACAAAUCAUCUUUGUACGAAUGAUGCUAACAGAUUUUAAAAUUAAAUUCUUCCAUAGUUGCAAACGGAGGUUCCCAAACGAAUGGAACAGGUAAUACACUUAAUAUUUUAAAAAAAUAUAUAUUGUUAUAGAAAAAUAUGUUUGAAAUUUCAUUGAAAAUAACUGAUAAUAUCUAGUAGAGUUCUUUUAUUCUUUUAAACAGGAUGUCUAUUUUAAAAGUGUGUGAUUAAAAGAAUACUGGUAACCGUAUAAUCUGAUUUAGUAUAUAAAGAAAAUCAAUUUUAUUAUCAGCUUUGUUAUGUAAAGUAAAAGACUCAUUUGGUUCCAGGAAAUAUCAUUGAUUUUUGUAUGAAGGAUGCUAAUACAAUGUAAAUACAUAAGCCAUGAUACACGUGACCUUGGAUUUCUAUAGAACGGAUUGAUUACACUUUGAAUGUAAAAUUUAGAUAACAGAAAAUUAAUUCUCUCAGAUGGAUGCUUAUCGAGAGUCGUUCUCGGUGAAGAUACAAAAAAAGAGUAACAUUUUUCUGUUACUUUCGUUGAUGUGUGUUUUUGCCUAUGUGUUUAUGUGUAUAUGGGUGUGCGUUGGAGUGUGUGUAUGCGUUAUUACAAUUUAAAGGGGCUAAGACCAAAGAAAAAAUAGUAAAUUGUCUUUUUCAAAGUUUAUCCUAAGAUUUUUUAGUUGGUUAAAAGGGAUGUUUAAGGCCCAAUAAUUUCGUUUCGAUAAAAAGUAGUAAAAAUAUUGUUAGCUCACCAAUGGUAGGUUGACACUGAAAAAAACAAAAAAACAAAACAUCAGCAAAGGUUGAGGCAUAUUCACUUGCAAGUGUAAGGGAUAUUAGAGUAACUUCAGGCAAAAGAAAUAAUUUUUCUAUCAUUGUUCGCCGUACCCAGAACAUAAGCGAAACGUGAUUUGAAAAAUUUCAAUCUUUCGUUUUUGGUUUUUGUUUCUGCCUAAAGUCUCAUUAAACUUUUGGUUUCGGCUCAGGUUUCAGCUGAAAGCCUCGUAAAUCUUUAUCUUUUGUUCGGACAAAAGUCAUUUCCAGCUUUCAUAAUGAUUUCGGAUUCUGUUGAAUUAAGAAAAUCAUUUGCGGAUGGUCUCUGCUGGGCACUGUAAAAUCCAGUUUAGUGUAUAAUCUUUAAAGAAAAUUCAGUUUUAUGAUAGCUUUUGUUAUCUAAACUAAAAGGCUCUUAGGUACCAAGAAAGACAAAUCAUCUUUGUACGAAUGAUGCUAACAGAUUUUAAAAUUAAAUUCUUCCAUAGUUGCAAACGGAGGUUCCCAAACGAAUGGAACAGGUAAUACACUUAAUAUUUAAAAAAAGAUAUAUUGUUAUAGAAAAAUAUGUUUUAAAUUUCAUUGAAAAUAACUGAUAAUAUCUAGUAGAGUUCUUUUAUUCUUUUAAACAGGAUGUCUAUUUUAAAAGUGUGUGGUUUAAAGAAUACUGGUAACCUUAUAAUCUGAUUUAGUAUAUAAAGAAAAUCAAUUUUAUUGUCAGCUUUGUUAUGUAAAUUAAAAGACUCAUUUGGUUCCAAGAAAUAUCAUUGAUUUUUGUAUGAAGGAUACUAAUACAGUGUCAAUACAUAAGCCAUGAUACACUUGGCCUUGGAGUUCUAUAGAACGGCUUGAUUACACUUUGAAUGUAAAAAUUAAGUUUACAGAAAAUUAAUUCUCUCAGAUGGAUGCUUAUCGAGAGUCGUUCCCGGUGAAGAUACGAAAAAAGAGUAACAUUUUUCUGUUACUUCUGUUGAUGUGUGUUUUUGCCUAUGUGUUUAUGUGUAUAUGGGUGUGCGUUGGAGUGUGUGUAUGCGUUAUUACAAUUUAAAGGGGCUAAGACCCAAGAAAAAAUAGUAAAUUGUCUUUUUCAAAGUUUAUCCUAAGUUUUUUUAGUUGGUUAAAAGGGAUGUUUAAGGCCCAAUAAUUUCGUUUCGAUAAAAAAAGUAGUGAACAUAUUGUUAGCUCACCGAUGGAAGGUUGACACUGAAAAAAAAAAAAAAACAAAAAAACAAAACAUCAGCAAAGGUUGAGACAUAUUCACUUGCAAGUGUAAGGGAUAUUAGAGUAACUUCAGGCAAAAGAAAUAAUUUUUCUCUCAUUUUUCGCCGUACGCAGAACAUAUGCGAAACGUGAUUUGAAAAAUUUCAAUCUUUCGUUUUUUGGUUUUGGUUUCAGCCUAAAGUCUCAUUAAACUUUUGGUUUCGGCUCAGGUUUCAGCUGAAAGCCUCGUAAAUCUUUAUCUUUUGUUCGGACAAAAGUCAUGUCUAACUUUCAUAAUGAUUUCGGAUUCUGCUGAAUUAAGAAAAUCACUUGCGAAUGGUCUCUACUGGGCACUGUAAAAUCCAGUUUAGUAUAUAAUCUUUAAAGAAAAUUCAGUUUUAUGAUAGCUUUUGUUAUCUAAACUAAAAGGCUCUUAGGUACCAAGAAAGACAAAUCAUCUUUGUACGAAUGAUGCUAACAGAUUUUAAAAUUAAAUUCUUCCAUAGUUGCAAACGGAGGUUCCCAAACGAAUGGAACAGGUAAUACACUUAAUAUUUUAAAAAAUAUAUAUUGUUAUAGAAAAAUAUGUUUGAAAUUUCAUUGAAAAUAACUGAUAAUAUCUAGUAGAGUUCUUUUAUUCUUUUAAACAGGAUGUCUAUUUUAAAAGUGUGUGAUUAAAAGAAUACUGGUAACCGUAUAAUCUGAUUUAGUAUAUAAAGAAAAUCAAUUUUAUUAUCAGCUUUGUUAUGUAAAGUAAAAGACUCAUUUGGUUCCAGGAAAUAUCAUUGAUUUUUGUAUGAAGGAUGCUAAUACAAUGUAAAUACAUAAGCCAUGAUACACGUGACCUUGGAUUUCUAUAGAACGGAUUGAUUACACUUUGAAUGUAAAAUUUAGAUAACAGAAAAUUAAUUCUCUCAGAUGGAUGCUUAUCGAGAGUCGUUCUCGGUGAAGAUACAAAAAAAGAGUAACAUUUUUCUGUUACUUUCGUUGAUGUGUGUUUUUGCCUAUGUGUUUAUGUGUAUAUGGGUGUGCGUUGGAGUGUGUGUAUGCGUUAUUACAAUUUAAAGGGGCUAAGACCAAAGAAAAAAUAGUAAAUUGUCUUUUUCAAAGUUUAUCCUAAGUUUUUUUAGUUGGUUAAAAGGGAUGUUUAAGGCCCAAUAAUUUCGUUUCGAUAAAAAAAGUAGUGAACAUAUUGUUAGCUCACCGAUGGAAGGUUGACACUGAAAAAAAAAAAAACAAAAAAACAAAACAUCAGCAAAGGUUGAGACAUAUUCACUUGCAAGUGUAAGGGAUAUUAGAGUAACUUCAGGCAAAAGAAAUAAUUUUUCUCUCAUUUUUCGCCGUACGCAGAACAUAUGCGAAACGUGAUUUGAAAAAUUUCAAUCUUUCGUUUUUUGGUUUUGGUUUCAGCCUAAAGUCUCAUUAAACUUUUGGUUUCGGCUCAGGUUUCAGCUGAAAGCCUCGUAAAUCUUUAUCUUUUGUUCGGACAAAAGUCAUUUCCAACUUUCAUAAUGAUUUCGGAUUCUGCUGAAUUAAGAAAAUCACUUGCGAAUGGUCUCUACUGGGCACUGUAAAAUCCAGUUUAGUAUAUAAUCUUUAAAGAAAAUUCAGUUUUAUGAUAGCUUUUGUUAUCUAAACUAAAAGGCUCUUAGGUACCAAGAAAGACAAAUCAUCUUUGUACGAAUGAUGCUAACAGAUUUUAAAAUUAAAUUCUUCCAUAGUUGCAAACGGAGGUUCCCAAACGAAUGGAACAGGUAACACACUUAAUAUUUAAAAAAAAAAAUAAUGUUAUAGAAAAAUAUGUUUGAAAUUUCAUUGAAAAUAACUGAAAAUAUCUAGUAGAGUUCUUUUAUUCUUUUAAACAGGAUGUCUAUUUUAAAAGUGUGUGGUUUAAAGAAUACUGGUAACCGUAUAAUCUGAUUUAGUAUAUAAAGAAAAUCAAUUUUAUUAUCAGCUUUGUUAUGUAAAGUAAAAGACUCAUUUGGUUGCAGGAAAUAUCAUUGAUUUUUGUAUGAAGGAUACUAAUACAAUGUAAAUACAUAAGCCAUGAUACACGUGGCCUUGGAAUUCUAUAGAACGGCUUGAUUACUCUUUGAAUGUAAAAAUUAAGUUUACAGAAAAUUAAUUCUCUCAGAUGGAUGCUUAUCGAGAGUCGUUCCCGGUGAAGAUACAAAAAAAGAGUAACAUUUGUCUGUUACUUCCGUUGAUGUGUGUUUUUGCGGAUGUGUUUGUGUGUAUAUGGGUGUGUGUUGGAGUGUGUGUAUGCGUUAUUACAAUUUAAAGGGGCUAAGACCAAAGAAAAAAUAGUAAAUUGUCUUUUUCAAAGUUUAUCCUAAAUUUUUUUAGUUGUUUAACAGGGAUGUUUAAGGCCCAGUAAUUUUGUUUCGAUAAAAAAAAGUAGUGAAAAUAUUUUUAGCUCACCAAUUGAUGGUUGAAACUGAAAAAAAAACAACAACAAAAAACGAAACAAAACAUCAGCAAAGGUUGAGGCAUAUUCACUUGCAAGUGUAAGGGAUAUUAGUGUAACUUCAUGCAAAAGAAAUAAUUUUUCUCUCAUUGUUCGCCGUACCCAGAACAUAUGCGAAACGUGAUUUGAAAAAUUUCAAUCUUUCGUUUUCGGUUUCAGCCUAAAGUCUCAUUAAACUUUUGGUUUCGGCUCAGUUUUCAGCUGAAAGCCUCGUAAAUCUUUAUCUUUUGUUCGGACAAAAGUCAUUUCUAACUUUCAUAAUGAUUUCGGAUUCUGCUGAAUUAAGAAAAUCACUUGCGAAUGGUCUCUACUGGGCACUGUAAAAUCCAGUUUAGUAUAUAAUCUAUAAAGAAAAUUCAGUUUUAUGAUAGCUUUUGUUAUCUAAACUAAAAGGCUCUUAGGUACCAAGAAAGACAAAUCAUCUUUGUACGAAUGAUGCUAACAGAUUUUAAAAUUAAAUUCUUCCAUAGGUGCAAACGGAGGUUCCCAAACGAAUGGAACAGGUAACACACUUAAUAUUUUUAAAAAAAAAUAAUGUUAUAGAAAAAUAUGUUUGAAAUUUCAUUGAAAAUAACUGAAAAUAUCUAGUAGAGUUCUUUUAUUCUUUUAAACAGGAUGUCUAUUUUAAAAGUGUGUGGUUUAAAGAAUACUGGUAACCGUAUAAUCUGAUUUAGUAUAUAAAGAAAUUCAAUUUUAUUAUCAGCUUUGUUAUGUAAAUUAAAAGACUCAUUUGGUUCCAGGAAAUAUCAUUGAUUUUUGUAUGAAGAAUGCUGAUACAAUGUAAAUACAUAAGCCAUGAUACACUCGGCCUUGGAAUUCUAUAGAACGGCUUGAUUACACACUUUGAAUGUAAAAAUUAAGUUUACAGAAAAUUAAUACUCUCAGAUGGAUGCUUAUCGAGAGUCGUUCCCGGUGGAGAUACAAAAAAAGAGUAACAUUUUUCUGUUACUUCCUUUGAAGUGUGUUUUUGCGGAUGUGUGUGUGUGUAUAUGGGUGUGCGUGGGAGUGUGUGUAUGCGUUAUUACAAUUUAAAGGGGUUAAGAUCAAAGAAAAAAUAGUAAAUUGUCUUUUUCAAAGUUUAUCCUAAAUUUUUUUAGUUGGUUAAAAGGGAUGUUUAAGGCCCAAUAAUUUCGUUUCGAUAAAAAAAGUAGUGAAAAUAUUGUUAGCUCACCGAUGGAAGGUUGACACUGAAAAAAACCAAAAAAAACACCAAAAAACAAAACAUCAGCAAAGGUUGAGGCAUAUUCACUUGCAAUUGUAAGUGAUAUUAGAGUAACUUCAGGCAAAAGAAAUAAUUUUUCUCUCAUUGUUCGCCGUACCAAUAACAUAUGGGAAACGUGAUUUGAAAAAUUUCAAUCUUUCGUUUUCCGUUUUGGCCUAAAGUCUCAUUAAACUUUUGGUUUCGGCUCAGGUUUCAGCUGAAAGCCUCGUAAAUCUUUAUCUUUUUUUCGGACACAAGUCAUGUCUAACUUUCAUAAUGAUUUCGGAUUCUGAUGAAUUAAGAAAAUCACUUGCGAAUGGUCUCUACUGGGCACUGUAAAAUCCAGUUUAGUAUGUAAUCUUUAAAGAAAAUUCAGUUUUAUGAUAGCUUUUGUUAUCUAAACUAAAAUGCUCUUAGGUACCAAGAAAGACAAAUCAUCUUUGUACGAAUGAUGCUAACAGAUUUUAAAAUUAAAUUCUUCCAUAGUUGCAAACGGAGGUUCCCAAACGAAUGGAACAGGUAAUACACUUAAUAUUUUAAAAAAAUAUAUAUUGUUAUAGAAAAAUAUGUUUGAAAUUUCAUUGAAAAUAACUGAUAAUAUCUAGUAGAGUUCUUUUAUUCUUUUAAACAGGAUGUCUAUUUUAAAAGUGUGUGAUUAAAAGAAUACUGGUAACCGUAUAAUCUGAUUUAGUAUAUAAAGAAAAUCAAUUUUAUUAUCAGCUUUGUUAUGUUAAUUAAAAGACUCAUUUGGUUCCAAGAAAAAUAAUUGAUUUUUGUAUGAAGGAUUCUAAUACAGUGUAAAUACAUAAGCCAUGAUACACUAUGCCUUGGAAUUCUAUAGAACGGCUUGAUUACACACGUUGACUGUAAAAUGUAGAUUACAGAAAAUUAAUUCUAUCAGAUGGAUGCUUAUCGAGAGCCGUUCCUGUUGAAGAUACAAAAAAAAGAGUAACAUUUUUCUGUUACUCUAUUUAUGUGUGUUUUUCUUGAUGUGUGCGUAUCUGGGUUUGUGUGGGGGAGUGUGUGUGUGGGUAUGCGUGAUGACAAUUUAAAGGGGCUAACAUCCAAAUUAAAAUGUUAAAUUGACUUUUUCAAAGUUUAUCCUAAGUUAAUUUAGAUGGUUAACAGGGAUGUUAAGGGCCCAGUAAGUUUUGUUCGAUAAAAAACGUAGUUAAGAUAUUGUUAGCUCACCGAUGGAAGGUUGACACUGAAAAAAGCAAACCAAAACAACGAAGGGUCAGGAUUAUUCUCUCCCACGUUAAAUUAUAGGAGAGUAACGAAAGACUAAUAAAAUAAUGUUUCUCUCAUUGUUAGCGGUCCCCAGAGCAUAUGCGGAAACGCGUUUUGAAAUAUUACAAUCUUUUGUUUUCGGCCAAGAGUCUCAUUAAACUUUUUGUUUCGGCUGUGGUGUCGGCUGAGUGUCUCGUUAAGCUUUUUAAUUCAGUCCAGACUUAAGUCAUUUCUAACUUUCAUAAUGAUUUCGGAUUCUGCUGAAUUCAGAAAAUCACUUGCGGACGGUCUCUACUGGGCACUGUAAAAUCCAGUUUAAUAAAUAAUCAAUAAUAAAAACUCAAUUUUAUGAUCACUUUCGUUAUCUAAACCAAAAGGCUCUUUAGGUUCCAAGAAAGACAAAUCAUCUUUGUACGAAUGAUGCUAACAGAUUUUAAAAUUAAAUUUUUCUUUAGGUUCAAACGGAGGUUCCCAAACGAAUGGAACAGGUAAUACUCUUAAUAUUGUUAUAAAACAUUAUUAUAGAAAAAUAUAUUUUAAAUUUCAUUGAAGAUAACUGAUAAUAUAUUGUAGACUUCUUUUAUUCUUCAAGACAUGAUUUCUAGUCUAAUCAAGAGAUAAUUUGAGUUUUGCUUAUAUACUUUCAGGAUCAUCCACUGUUGUAAAGGCCUCCGCAUUCCUCAUAGUUUUCGCAUCAAUUGCCAGUACGAUAUUCUGA